AUGCCCCGCGCGCCACGAACCCGCCCUUCAUCGCGCUCCCCGCGUCCCAAGACCGCGUACACGUCCUGCGACACGCCGCCGCACUCGCCUCUCCCCGUUGACGACUUCGAAGCGGCUCUCAACUGUGCGCUCGACUCCGCCCCCACGCCCCACGACAGCUCCGCCGGCUCGAGCACGUUGCCUUCAAACUCGCCCCCCUCGGGCCCCAAGACCCCCGACGCGUUCGCAUGGGACGACCCCCUCGCCUCUCCCCCGCCCACGAAGACCUCUCCACCACGCUCAACAUCCCCUCCACGGUCAGACAAGCGCAAGCCGCGGUGCCAACAGAGCACGCACCACCCCGACCCGUGGGUGCCCGUCUCGCUCCGCCCCAAGUCCACGCGCCCGAAGAACACCCGCACGUUCGAGCUCGUGAACCUCCGCAAGCCGAACAUGGAGUACUACGUCGUCGAGAAGAGCCGGUACGCGCCCUACAUCGGCAGCCAGCGCAUCACGCUGCGCUCCGGCGCCAAGCGCGAGCGCCACCUCAGCGCGCGCGUGGUCGAGCUCGUCGCGCGCGCGAACAAGGUGCCCGAUGACGUCGCUGUCGAGCUGCCCCCCCAGAUGUACUCGCGCACCGACGCCUGUGUGCGCUGCGUCGGCGCCAAGGUGGUGUGCUACCAUUGGGGAAAGGCGAUGGGCCCGGGCGAGAGGUUGGGCGGGAAUUGCCUUGAGUGUGCUGCCGCUGGCGGGGUUUGUGAUUUCGGAGAGGAGUGCUUUUGA